AACAGAGAAAACUGCUCUGGCAGUUUUCUCAGAUUUUUCAAUCUCUCCAACCCUGUGUCCGGGUUUUAGAGACAGCCUGCGAGCUGUCUGCCCAGCUGCAGACAGCUCAUAUAAUCAGGGACUGGUCAGAACAGAGGAGAGGGAGGAAGGUGGAGCAGUGGCUGUGACUGUCGCUGUGUCUCUGUGUUGGGACAGACGCUGUAUGCGUUGAAGGACUUUGGGGCCUUGUGCAUCCAGGACUGUGGGUCUGGAGGAGCUGAUGGUUCGAGGAACCAUUACCUGUAGCAGCAGUGCUGUUAAAGACUAGCCAGGUGAUAAUCUGAGUCCAAAAUGGCGGCACAGCUGUUUGAAGGAAAGGAGCAUGCGUCUUGUUAUCAGAAAUUCAGGUUUGAGCCAUCGCAAGAGAUAAUAGACCUUAUCUUCGGUUAUGUGGAUGAAAGGUUACACAAACCGUAUGGAUUUGCUGUGGACGUUGGCUGUGGAACGGGUCAGAACACAAGAGUUCUCGCCCCAUACUUCAAGAAAGUUCUCGGAGUUGACAUCAGUGAGGCUCAGAUAGAAGAGGCCAAGAAAGCCAUGGGGUCACCCAAUGUCACAUACAGUGCCUGUCCAGCUGAAGAGAUGUCGGUUGGCGACGCCUCUGUUGAUCUACUAACAGCGUGCGUUUCUGCACAUUGGUUUAACAUUGAGAAGUUUGUAAAAGAGGUCGAUCGGGUCUUAAAGCCGGGAGGCUGCCUUGCUUUCUUCUCCUACUUUACCAAUGUGGAAAUUUACUACAAAGAGUGCUCAGAACAGAUCACUGAGGUCUUUGCAGAGGCAGUAAAUAGUCUGGCCCCAUAUAUGCAUGAGAAGAUUACCCUUAUGAGGACCGAAUACAAGGAAAUAUAUGAAUCCAUCCCUUACCCCGACAAAAGAAGGAUUGAAAACAUUGGGACCAAGCUCCAUGUGCCAUUGUCAAAUGUGAUAGGUCUUUUCCCUACCUUCUCAGCAUUCCACAUUUAUCUUAGGAAGGAGCCUGAAAAAGCAAAGGACAUGUUAAGAACAGUAGAGGAAAGGUUCCUUCGGAUCAUGGGGACGUCCUCCACUGACACUGAGGUUGAGGUACGGCUACAAAACGUCCUUCUGUUGGCUUCUAAACCGCAAUAAAGCAUUGAUUUGAAAAACCGACGCUGAACCCUGCAAGACAUGGCUGAUCGGUAUUUGAACAUGUCAAAAGUUUCAGGAUGUCAGAUGUACAAACAGAAAACUCAAGUGCAAUCCCCUCUGUAUAAAAUCAAAUCAUGAACAAUGAGACAAAAAGCCAAAAUAAAGAAAAAUAAAUCGCUAAAUAUAUAA